AUCAUAAAGGAUGUUGGAGAAAUCUAUUCAAGACUACUGGAUCACAGGCCAGUAAUUCAGGGAGAAAUACGUUACUUUGUUAAAGAAUUUGAAGAAAAACGUGGCCUCCGAGAACUACGAGUACUUGAAAAUCUAAAGAACACAAUCUUUGAAACAAAUGAACACGUUCUUCCUAAGUGUGAGCAGGCAAUGCAUGACAAUCUCAAUGAAGCAUUCAAGAGAU